AUGUCCACCGAGGAUGUCACUAAUGCUUCUCCGGCCCCCAGUAAAGGCCGAUCGAAGCAUCCAAGCCUUCUCGCCUGCAUUCCAUGCAGGAAGAGCCAUCUCAAAUGUGAUGGCCAGAAGCCGCUAUGCAGCAGGUGCUCCGAGAAAAACGGGGACUGUAUCUGGAUUAAUUCCCGAAGAGGAUACCGAGAAUAUCGCAAAAACCAAUCAUCUCCUGACGACAAGACUGACCAGAGGCCGAAGAAUGAUACCAUCUUCCACGAAUCCAAGCCCUUUUUGUCUCAGGAGGCCUAUCAUGUCUUUAACGAGGCUGAUACUACCAAGCUGAGGGCUAUGACCUAUGCCGAACUCUUUCAGCCCACCAUGGAUCCAGCCUUCCCAGCUCUCCCUCCCGAGUUGCAAACCACAGCACCCGUCAAAGAACAGCUGCCAAGUCCCAGCAACAGCGAUUCAACCAUGUCUAUCUCACGAGAGAUACUGCCCGCUCACGCCGACCGGGCCUUGAUAGAGAGCACCGACUUGAUCGACCUGUUCUACAGGCAUUUCUAUCCGUCCCACCCCUUCAUCGUGCCACGCAAGCUCUAUUGCCAGAACCCCAACAUCCUGCCUGCACCGCUCAAGGCAUGCAUGCGAUGGCUGGCCAGCCAUUACAUCCCUCAAGCCAACCACACCGCUCUGGAGAACGCGGCAAAGGCCAUCUUCUCCUCCGACGUGCCUGACGAUGGCUUCAAGGUGCAAGGCCUCCUCAUCUAUGCCAUAACCUGCUUCGCUCGGUUCGGUCAGGGUGAAGGAUCCAUGGCCCUAGACAAAGCCAUCGAGAUCACCCUCCGGAUCGGUCUCAACCGACAGAGCUAUGCUCUACAGCAAUCACCAAACGAUUCUACAAUGCAAGAAUCAUGGCGGAGAACAUGGUGGACACUCCUGUUGAUCGAAGGCUUGGUCGUGGUUAUUGGGGGUCAAUCGUCCCCAUUCCGCUUGUACUCGACCUACACGGAUGUGGCAUUACCUGGCCACGAUGAAGACUACAAUGAACUUCGAUCGCCUCCAAUCACUCGCACAAUUGCAGACCUCCGCAACAGGACCUUUUCAGAAGACACUUUUGAAUACUCGUCCUUUGCCUACUGCAUCGAAGCAACCUAUAUCCUUGGCUCUGUGCUUGCCUUAAGCCCAGACACAUUUGCGGUGACGGAUCCUCAAGUUGAGGGCAUUGAUGCCGCCAUUUCGAACCUCCUCUUGUCGCUCCCCAUGGACAAGAGAGAAGUGGUGCGCAACGACGGUACCAUUGACGAAUGCCUUCUCAUCGCCCAUCUAGUCAUUCAUUGGGCUGCUAUUUGUCUGCAUCGUCCACGAUCGACCUUGACCUUCAUCCGUAACCACUAUCGCACGACAUGCACAAAGGCAGAGGCUGCUGGUCUUCCUGCGCUGGCGUACACCUCGCACACUGCCAAAGCAUUGCGAGCAGCGAACGCCAUCACCAACCUGGCGUCCAUCCAAACAGAUGUCAAGAUGUGCUCACCAGUGCUGAUGUGCGGCUUGACCACCGCUGCAACAGUGCACUUGCCGGCGUACGCUAUCGUGGAUACCCCGGAUCAAGCUGUGGCAAUUAAGGAACGGUUGCAGCUCAGCAUUUCGGCGCUUGGAUCAUUCGGUGAGGUCUGGCCACGAGCCACCAUUGCCAAAGGACAAGUGGCUAAGUUCGCCCGUGAGGUCUUGACAAAGCCAAACGUCUACGUCGACAGCACAGUUCCUGGGAUGAUCCCGCGCGUAUCGGAACCUGUCCCUCAGCUGGAAUACCAAAUGCCCUUCAACAACGAGUCGUGGAUGGACAAUUUGAUCCAGGCGGAACAAGACGUAGAAGCCCCGUCGUGUCCCGUCUUUGACACCUUCGCGAUGGCUCAGAGUCAGGGGCCCUGA